GGAGCUUUCUAAUCAUCUAAUCUCUAUUUCACCUGUUUCACCUAUUUCACCCCCCGUACUUACCUUUCUCAAUUGUUUAUAGUGGGACGCGUGCUUCUUUGUUUGUUCAGGUGGAUUAUGCUUAUUCUAUGUUUAGUUACCUAGGUACUUCGUACAUUAGUUUAAUAUAUACACCACCUUUACGCCAUCACGUAUUCACCUAUUAAAUAGGUACAAUACCCAUACAUAUUCUCGAAGACAUCGACUCACUCUCCACACGUGCCGCCACUAACUCAUCCACCAUCGACCUCGGUUCUACUUCUUCGAAACUUAUCUACAAAUUCUCUCACCCUAGUUACCAUCCACCUCCCACUUUUCUCCAUCUCGGAAAUGAUAGUUCGUCGAGUUUAGCCAUGGACACCGCUAUGUCUACCCAAGAGCUUCAGCUCUGUCAACAUCUAAUAGAGCUACCGCGACGUUAUGGUUACCGAUACGAGGAUGCCGCCUGUCGAGAUCUCUUAUACAAUCUCUUCUGGUCUAUGGCUGGUGGGAGACCCGAAAACCUGCGACUAUUUUUCCCCGAUGGUAAACUCACACCAAAGAGCACCUUGAAGCUCCGAGAAGCUCAGGGAGCUGUAGAGGGAGCUGAAUACACCGAGGCCGCCCGCGGCAAGGCAUGUGGUCACAUAUUUCGAGCCGGAGAGGCGUCAUAUGGUUGCAAGACUUGCAGUACCGACGAGACAUGUUGCCUGUGCAGCAAAUGCUUCAACGCCACAGAUCACACAGGCCAUAUGGUACGGAUCUCAAUAUCGCCAGGGAAUAGUGGCUGCUGUGAUUGCGGCGAUCCCGAAGCUUGGAAAACUCCUAUGUUUUGCACAAUUCAUAGCGAGCGCGAGGAAGACCGGUCGAAAGGAAAGGGCAAAGAGGUUGCUGGAUUGCCCGAAGACGUUGCUUCCAAUAUCCGCAUGACAGUUUCCCGAGUCCUUGAUUUCAUCUGUGAUGUCAUCUCUUGCGCCCCCGAACAACUUCGGCAACCUAAGACGAGAGAGUCUAUUGAGAAAGACGAGAAGAUGUCCCGCUUAGCCUCGACCUACUGCGGUGGGGAUGUCGACUCGCCUGGGGAGUAUGCGCUACUGCUUUGGAAUGACGAGAAACAUACUGUAAAAGAAGUUCAAGAUCAAGUCGCGCGGGCGUGUGGUACGACUCUUAAGGAAGGGUAUAACAGAGCACUAGAAACUGACUCGAUCGGCCGGAGUAUUCUGAAAUACGACACGAGCAUAGAGAGGUUGCUUAAGUGCGCCACCAUUCUUGAACAUAUCAAGAUAACUGUCACUAUUCGGUCAUCUCGUGAUACGUUCCGAGAGCAGAUGUGUGGAACUAUGAUUGACUGGUUAAACGACAUAUCGGGAUGCGUAGUAGGAAACGACCAGAACAUCCUCCGAAUGGUUGUCUGUGAAGAGCUCCUAAAGCCCUGGCGGAAAGGGAGCCCUGGCACGCAUGCGAUGCCUGGUAAAGAUGGCCUGGAGGACGAGGAGAAGCUUGAAUAUGACCCGCUUGAGGCUCAUACAGCCACAAUAUUUAUACAACGAGCAAGAUUCUUGACUGAGCAGGGUAACACAGCUACUCUAGCGGAAUUUCUCGAUACUGAUGAUGAUGAUGAUGGUAACGAUGAUGACGAUGAAGAUAUGGACGGCGGCAAUCGGACCCCCUCCAGUGGAGAGGAAGAUAACGACGACGACGACGAAGAGGAAGAUGAGGAUGAGGAUGAGGAUGUGAUGAUGGUGGAUACGCGACCAGACGCUGGCGGCGCCGAUGUGAAUGUACCCGACUGGAUCGGUCCAAGCGUGGCGUCCCUCGAAGAGGAAGAAGCAACAAUGGCGGGUUAUCCGCCCCCUCCGCCGCCCCCUCCUGUACCGAGACGCGCGACCCGGGAUCGGGACCUCACACCAUCAGACUCGGAUACCGCCGAGCCGCUAAUAGCCCCGACCGUAUACGCGAAGGCCAAUCUUGAGAUUCCUAAGACACCCGGUCUUUCUAAGGCGGGUAAAGCAGGGCCCCCAAAGCCUGGGAGGUACUGGGUCGAGACACCGGCAGCUUAUAUGGAACGUGAUAGUGUCCAUCCAUUUGAAGAUGUCUUUCAGCGCGUCCGUCUGGAUUGGCUAAUCCUCUUUGACCUAAGAAUGUGGAAGAAAGUUCGUAACGACUUACGUUCCUUAUAUAUCUCUACGGUUGUUACUAUCCCCGAGUUCAAGAGAGUAUUAGGCCUUCGAUUCUCUGCGUUGUAUACAACAUUGGCGCAGUUGUAUCUUAUAGGAGACCGCGAGCCUGACCACUCGAUUAUCAACAUAUCGUUACAGAUGCUAACGACGCCUUCUAUUACUGCCGAAGUAGUCGAAAGAGGCAACUUUUUGACCACCCUUAUGGCUAUUCUAUACACAUUCUUGACUACUCGGCAAGUCGGCCAUCCCUGGGAGGUUUCGUCGAGCGCUGUCCUUGGGUUCGACACUGGUUCGGUGACGAACAGGCGAAUGUACCACUUCUACGUCGAUCUUAAAUUCCUCCUCGGCUCGGCUCAUGUCCAGGAGCGGAUGAGGACCGAAGAAAGAUACCUAAUGCAAUUUCUCGAUCUAGUGAAACUUCACCAGGGUAUUUGCCCGAACAUUCGAGCCGUUGGCGAGCAUGUGGAGUACGAAACUGAUAGUUGGAUUGGUGCCUCGUUGAUGACGCGAGAGAUCAACAGGCUCUGCAGGCUUCUAUCGGGUUCUUUCCGGAGCCUCCCAGCACAAGACCUCCCAUAUCUCGAGAAGGCUAUACGGAUAGCAGCUAAGAGCGUCAUCAUUAACUCGGUCGGAGCGGAGCGUGCCAGAUUUACCCAGGCCGAGAUUAAAGAGGAAGUGCGAUUCAAGACGUUGAGCGACUUCGAAUUCGCCGGCAACGCAGCCAAGUUCGAAGUGGUAAGGUUCAUCGUGGGAGAGCAAUCGAUUAGUUUUCACCAUGCGUUACAUUACACCCUAUCAUGGCUGAUCGAGUGUGGGAAGUACAUGUCUCAGCAGGAACUCAAGUCAAUCUUGAACUUCACCUCGCAAGAGCUUAAGAUGAAGCCUCGCUCGAUGGGCCGAAAAACUAUGCCCAGGCGAGAUUAUACCCCCGAGGACUAUCUCAUGGCCGCAUUUGACUAUCCUCUACGCGUUUGCACUUGGCUUGCUCAGAUUAAGGCUGGAAUGUGGGUUCGCAAUGGCAUUAGUUUGAGGCAUCAAGCUGGGACAUACAAAAAUAUUCUACAUAGGGAUGUCACGCAUGCGCGAGAUAUCUUCCUGCUCCAGACCGCGAUGGUAGUCUGUAACCCGAGCCGGGUUCUCGCUUCGAUCGUUGACCGGUUUGGUAUGGAAAACUGGACCAAAGGGAUAUUCGAAGACACUCAGGAUGAGAUUCAACAUCUUGAUGUUGUCGAAGACAUGGUUCACUUUCUAAUCGUACUACUAAGCGACCGAACUUCACUCAUCCCGGUUAAAGAUGAGCAGCAGACGCAUCUAAUGGCGAUGCGCAGGGAUAUCACGCAUGUUCUAUGCUUCCGGCCGCUAUCCUUUAACGAAAUAUCAAGCAAACUACCCGAGAAAUUCCACGAGCAAGAAGACUUUCAGCGCGUACUAGAUGAGGUGGCUACAUUUAAGUCCCCCGAAGGCGUCUCUGACGUGGGAACUUUUGAACUUAAGCCUCAUUUCAUCGAAGAUAUUGACCCAUACAUUGCCCACUACAAUAAGAAUCAGCGGGAGGAAUCAGAAGCCGCCUACCGCAAGUGGAUCUCUAAAAAGACUGGGAAACCUGCUGAAGAAAUCGUGUACGAGCCAAAGCUUCGCCCGAUCGAAUCCGGUGCCUUUGUGAAGCUGGCUGAAUUUACUAGCACUGGGAUGUUUGCACAGAUCAUCUACUACUGCUUGUUAUACCCUCUAGUCGCUGCUAAAUUAACACCCAAAGUCCCGUUUACUAGAGUAGAGACGUUCUUGCAGGUUGUACUACAUUUAAUUCUCAUUGCCAUUGCUGAGGAUAAGGGAAACGAAACCGAUUCCACGGCCGCAACUGAUUCCUUCAUCUAUAUCGCCCUAACAACGUCUGCCCGCAGUAAUUUCAUGCAGGAUGCUCCAGCUGCAAAGACUAUUGUGUCCCUUCUGGACAUGAUGUCGACUAAGGAGGAGUUCAAAGCUUGCCAUGCCAAGAUCGCGUUGAUUCUGAGGAGAAUGAAACAGAAAUACCCGCGCCACUUUAAUACGGCCUACUCGCGACUAGGUAUACCUGCGGAUCGGAUCGAUACGGCGUCGCCGGCGAAUGCCCAAAGUGCCGAAGAGGAGCGCGAACGAAAAAAGAAGGCAGCCCUUGACCGCCAAGCCAAAGUCAUGGCGCAGUUCCAGCAACAGCAGAAGAGCUUCCUGGAGAAACAGGGGGAUAUUGAUUGGGGUGAAGACGAGUGGGAUGAUAUGGAUGAAUCUAAGCCUAUGGAAGAGCAGAAGAACUUCUGGAAAUACCCAAGAGGUACCUGCAUAUUAUGCCAAGAAGAUACCGACGAUGGACGCCUGUACGGGACUUUUGCACUCUUUACCAAGAGUAAAAUCCUUCGACAAACUGACCUCCAAGACCCAGACUUCGUUAGAGAAGCCGCAAAUACUCCUGUCAACCUUGACCGCUCAGCCGAGGCAAUCCGUCCGUUUGGCCUUGCCCAUGAGAACAGGCAGAUAGUAGAAAAGGUCAACAAAGACGGACAAGUAAUCCACAGCGAAAGGCAAGGCCUUGGCAAAGGUUUCCCAGCCAAGCUCUGUCGGUCAGGUCCAGUAUCUGUCGGAUGUGGUCAUAUAAUGCAUUUCAGCUGCUUCGAUAUGUAUAUGGAAGCGACCCUCCGUCGACACGGGCAUCAGAUAGCACGUCACCACCCCGAAUCCCUGGAGCGUCUGGAAUUUGUGUGUCCUCUCUGUAAAGCCCUCGGGAAUGCCUUCUUGCCUAUCACCUGGGAUGGUAAAGAAGAGUCUUACCCCGGGAUAUUGCAACCCAAUACAGACCUCUCUUCCUUCAUGUCUACAUUCAUGACAGGGCGUCAUUACACUGCUGUAGUAACACGAGACCAGAGCCAAACUGCCUUCAUCAACUACUUGCGUACAAGAAUGCCAGAAGGUCUAUUCGAGAAGUCUAGUGCCAGCCAAUCGCCGUUCUGGGAUCCUGGUAAUUUUAGGACCGUACCGUCAGUAGCCUCCAGUGAUACCUUCUCCCUUGCGCAUACGCCCGGGUCAAGUGUACGGUCACAUUCGCCGCCAGAGUCACAACACGGCGACAAGGAGCUGAUGCUGAUAUAUCGACGACUACGCGACACACUCCGUAAGAACAAACUUGUUCCCGCGACCUUCGUACACGAGGGCAGGGACGAUGAAUUAUAUGCUAGCGAUGUAUUAGCCCAGUCUGUGGGUUACUCGAUUUCUGCGGCAGAGAUACAACAACGAGGCAUCGAAGCCCAGUACGGAAUGACGUUAAUUGAAAGGAUGCCGGAGCAGCUUUUAGUUCAGCUUCGAAUCCUGUCUGAGACGGUGUCGUCAUAUAUAGCAAUUGGUGGCUUCAGGCAAGGGGGGUCUAAUGAUAUUGAACGAGAAUUUUGCAAGGCCAGCGAGCGCCAAUUCUUCCAACUCUUCAUAUCAGCCUACUUUAACAAGGACGCAAAAGAUCCCUUGCCACCGUACGAUGAGCACCCACCGCUCCUAAGUCAAGAUGUAUUCGUCUUCUUGUGCGAGACUAUGUUUGGUGUCUCCGUUGCGCAGAACAUGGACCCGAUGCAUCUAGUCCGGCUUUGCUAUCUUGCCGAGAUAGUCAAGGUUGUCCACAACGUAUCUCAGAAUCUUGCACUUUCCAGGUGGCUUGAAUAUAUGAACAACCGGAAUAAGGAAGAUCCCGCUAUGAACAACUUUGCUAGUUUCUUUCACUAUAUCACGAUGGCUGGGAUGAACGUCAGCCACGAAAUCCUAGUUGGGGACGAGUUCCUGGUACCGUCGGACGAUCUACCUAACCUUGGGUUCAAUCAACCAGGCUUUGAUAGCCUAGAAAGCCUCCAUUCUUUCGUUAAGAAAUACGCCCUGGUCUUCUUGAGAAAAGCGGCAAUUCUUCUGCAUGUUCACCUUGGGGUUGACUUCAAUAGCCACAUAUCUCCGGCUCCAGAAGCGGAUGAACUUUCACGUCUGACGGCUGCGCUGCGAUUACCGUCCUUUGAUGAAAUGUGUGCAUCUUUGACACCCUUAGGUAGUCAGUUUGGUUGGCCCCCGCGCACACAAGCCAUGGUCGACGGUUGGCUUCGCCACCAAAUACGCGGACGUGCCAGAACCACGCACUUUGCUAUCGAACAGGGGAUCGAAGAAACCCCGCCCAGAUCCGCUCAGAUAAGUCAUCCUGGUAUCUUCGAACUCGUCGGCUUACCCAAGAACUUCGAUACUCUUAUCGAGGAGUCCGCUAAGAGAAGAUGCCCCAAGACCGGUAAAGACUUGACCGAUCCUAUAGUUUGUCUAAUGUGCGGUGACAUCUUCUGCGGGCAGACCAUGUGUUGUACCAUGGAAUACUCAGAGCCAGGGCCGGACAAGCCUGUGAUGAGGAUUGGGGGUGCACAGCAACAUAUGCUGUUCAAGUGCCAAGGCAAUACUGGGCUGUUUAUCAACAUUCGCAAGUGCGCUAUCUUCUACCUGCAUCGUACGUCAGGAAGUUUCAGCAGUGCGCCGUACAUCGACAAGUACGGCGAGGUGGAUAUCGGGUUACGCCACGGGCGUCAGCUCUUCCUCAAUCAGAAGCGGUACGACUCGAUGCUGCGCAACAUGUGGCUUAGCCACGGCAUCCCCAGCUUCAUCAGCAGGAAGCUCGAGGCGGACAUCAAUAGUGGCGGGUGGGAGACUAUAUAAGCGCGAGGUUAAGGGAAAUCCCCCGCACAAACUACGCUGGUAAAGGAAUGGUAGUAGAAGUGAGGAUAACUGCCGGCGUUGUGGUCAACCCUCACUGUUUCUCCCGCAAGGCGCGAAGGGCGGACGUCAUUGGUCGUAGGUAGGUAUACUAUAGGAAGAAAGGAGUAUACGACAAUCGAUCAAUUAUGAUGUAGGUAAUGCGAAGUUUUAUGCUAUAAACGCGGUCGCUAUGAAUAUAUUGCAUGGCUUCACCGCCUACCGUCUCGAAAAAGUAUGGAUAGAUGAGAGGACGCAUUUAUAUAGAUAGUUUGUUUUUCAAGUUGACUUGACUUGACCUAACCUGACC